UCGUGGCGCUAACACCUGUUGAAUUCGCGCUCUUAACAUUCUUUACCAGUUCAUUGUCUCAUACAAACGCAUUAAGGCAAACACAGGGGAAAAAAGAAACGAUAACAGAUUUCUAUUAAUGGUGGUUUUAUUUAAAGCAUAUUUUUAGGCAACAAGUGUUUACUUUACUUGCCACAUAUGCCAGGACAGGCAACGUAUGCGAGUAUUCGUCCAAGUGUUUUUGAGCAUGUGCGUGUGAAUGUAAAUAUAAAAGCAAAGUGGCAUAUGUCGAUAAUUGAUUUAAAAAAAUUUAAUUAAAACCAGAUAUAAAAAAUAAAAAACGAUAUUUAAAUUAAGUUACAGUGCAGCUUUUAAUAGAUAAUAUACAAAAGAAGGAGAAUAUAAACAUGUCUGAAUCCGAACAAACAAAACAAGAGGCAAAUACUACCAAUAAUGAAUCGCAAUAUAAUCAUCAAGCCUCAACACUCAAUCCGACCUACAAUCAACGACGUACCUCUAGUCCAAAUUAUGGUACAUCAAAUCGCAGCAUGAUUGCAGUAAUUGUCUAUUUGGCCUUGCUAUUGGAUAACGUUCUAUUAACAGUAAUUGUGCCCAUUUUGCCCGAUUAUCUUGCCACCAUAAACAAUCGUACGCUGCUGCCACCGACGGCAUUCACAUUGACAGGAACAGGAAAAACAACUGGGUCGGCAUCGUCGUCGUCGUCAGCAUCAGCAUCAGCAUCAGCAUCAUCAUCACCAUUCUCGUCGUCCUCAAAUAAUAAUAACACGCCAUUGUUCGGCAUGGGGUUGAAUAACAGUGGUGGUCCUGUCGUCAUUGAUACAAUGGCAUCAGCACAACAUAUGGCUUAUCGUAAUCUGGAUGGAACAGUUGCAGCAACAGUGGCAAAAACAAAAUCCGAACCGUUAACUGCACAGCAUCCUUCGCAAUACCAUUUCCCGCAUCAACAACAACAACAACAUGCUCAGCCGGUUCAGCAUGUCAUGACAAAGCAUCCGAUACCAGGCAAAUCGAUGGUUAAUUUUUCACUAAUACAUUUGGCAACGGAUGAUAAUGGAAAAUUGUUGAUAUCCACAUCGUCACUAACGGACCCAAGCAAUGGCGGAAAUGUCAUAAAAUUCUUCAAUAACAGCAAAGGAUCACGGGGACAAUUGAAGAAUGAUAAGUCCAGUUAUAACAUACGCCAGAGUGAAAUUGACACUGAGUCGCUAGAAAGUGAAAAUGGUUCCAUUGGUGUCUUGCUGGCCAUGAAAGCAUUGGUACAAUUGAUUUUCAAUCCAAUUGUGGGAAAUUUAUCGAUCAAGUAUGGCUAUCGUUUGCCCAUUGUAAUGGGUACAUUUUUCCUGCUCAUCUCUUCGUUGGUGUUUGCGGUUGGAGAAACCUAUGGCACCCUAUUAAUAGCACGUUCGGUACAAGGUAUUGGUUCAGCGUGUAUUGGCGUUUGUGGCAUGAGUCUGGUGGCUCAGCAUUACCCGGAAGAAGAACGUCGUUCGAAAAUAAUGGGCAUCAUAUUGGGUAGCAUUGCUUUGGGCGUAUUGCUUGGCUAUCCAUUUGGUGGAAUACUGUACGAUCUGUUUGGAAAAUCGGCACCCUUCAUAAUAUUAUCAACCAUUAUUUUUGUUAAUUUGGGUCUGCAACUUGUCACAAUGGAUUUAUCCGUACAAUCGGAGGUCAUUGUCGAUGUGGAUCAACAGCAAAAACCCAAAUGGAGGCCCCUGCUUCAAAGUAAAAUGAUUUUGGCCAUUGUCAUCGCCAUAUGGUUCUCAACAUCGACCAUGGCAAUAUUGGAACCAUGUUUACCGCUGUGGUUAAUGACGAACCUCAAACCGAAUAAAUGGCAGUUGGGAACAGUGUUUAUACCAGAUUCGGUGGGCUAUUUUGUCGGUACGAACUUUUUUGGUUCCAUUGCCUAUAGGUUUGGGCAAAUUAAGGUAUCAUGUAUAUCGCUGCUGCUUGUGGGCAUAUCAUCGAUUUUGAUACCAACGGCAACAACUGUUUCCCAACUCCUUUUGCCACAUUUUGGUCUGGGUCUAGGCAUUGGAAUUAUUGACGCCGCUCUUGUGCCAUUGUUGGCGACAUUUGUUGAUGCCACCUUAUCCGCUGAAGAUGAGCAAAUGGAAACAGCCGAUACCCGAAGUGCCCACUCUAUGUCAAGUUAUGGCAGUGUCUAUGCCAUACAACAAACCUCCGUCAGUUUGGCAUAUUGUUUGGCUCCACUGUUGGGUGGUGAAUUGGCCCAGGCAUUUGGCUUUGUUUGGCUAAUGCGAAUCGUCGGAAUUUUCAAUAUUGUCUAUGGUCCUAUAUUGGUGUAUCUCUAUUAUAAAUACGAUCCGAAGGUUUUACGUGAAAAACAACAUGAAAUGCUGUUAAGCUCAAGCGGUGGCAGCUAUGGACGAGGCAGUAAAUAUAAACAACUUUAUAAUGCCGUUGAAAAUGAAUAGAUGGACACCAAACUAUUCUAGUAUUCCGCAUAAAUAGUAAAUUUUAAAUAAAUAAUUUCUUCUAUAGCAAUAUUGUCAGAAUGUAUGAAUGUAUUUACAAUGUCCAUAUGAUUCCUAUGAAUGUUCAGUUUUUGAUGUUAAAAAGAAUCUCGAAAUAAAAUCAAAA